AUGUCGUCGAACGAAGCAGCGCCCGCAGUAGCGGCAGCGGACACGGAGCGACCGCUCACGAACAAGGAGAAGCGCCAGCUGGCGGUGGCGCAGAAGCGUGCUGCCAAGGAACAGGCGUUGGCGAGCAAGACGGAUUCGCCCGCCAAGCGCAAAGCGCCCGACGCCGGCGCAGAGGGCGCAGAAGGUGCGCAGGCAGAGCAAGGUGCAGAGGGCGACGAGGAGGUAGAGGUGCUGUCGCACAAGGAGCAGCGUCGACGCAAGAAGCUCGCCAAGCAAGCGGAUGGUGAGGGUGAGGAGGCGGCGGGGCCGAAUUCGCUCAUGCACCCGACGCGGGCGCAGGGCUCGUCGGCAGCCGCACAGCCCCGCAGCGGGUUCAGCAUCUGGGUGGGCAACCUGUCCUUCUUCACCGCACCUGCCAAGCUGGUGGACUGGUUCGAGCAGCGCGGUGUAGACGGCAUCUCGCGUGUCAACAUGCCCAAGGGCGCAAGAAGGGCCGAGAUGAACCGCGGAUUCUGCUACCUCGACCUGCCGUCCAAGGACGUGCUCACCGCCGCACUCAAUCUGUCCGAACAGCCGCUCGAUGGCAGGAAGCUGCUGAUCAAGGACGGGUCCGAUUACACGGGUAGGCCGGAUAUCAAUACGAGCGCGCUGGGUAUUGCGCGCAACCUCCCCAGCGCCACCACCUCGAUGCACACCGCAAAGGACGACGACGACGAGGAGAGGGAGGACAAGGAGGAGAGACAGGUCAAGGGGAAGACCGGGCUGACCAAGACCGCGCAGAAGAUCCUCAGGGCCCAGAAGAAUGCGCCGAGCAUGACGCUGUUCCUGGGCAAUCUGAGCUUCAAUACCACCGAGCAGGGGGUGAGGGAGCUGUUUGAUGCGUCGGCGCAGAGGCGCAACCCGCGCACCGCCAAGAACAAGAAGCAGAAGAAAGAACGGAAGCCCACGAAGGCCUCGUCUUCGUCUUCGUCUUCGUCCGAUUCCGAGUCGGACGAAUCGGACUCGGAUUCCGACUCGUCCGAGUCGUCUGACGCUGACUCUGACUCUGACUCCGAGUCGGGAGCGGCUGUCAAGGACGAGACGAAGGAGGGUGUGAAGAGCGGGUCUUCGGGCGACGUGGUUCCGUCGGCGGCGGGCAUCCGCAAGGUGCGACUGGGCACGUUUGAGGACGCGCCGACCAAGUGCAAGGGGUUCGGAUUCGUCGACUUCCACACGCUCGACCAGGCGACCGCCUCGCUCAUCGAUCCGCGCAACACGUUCCUCGACGGCCGUAAGCUGUUGCUUCAGUACGCCGGGGCGGAUGCGACGCGGCGUGGGGCGUCCAAGACCCAGAAGACACGCCUGGAUGCUCCGCGCGAGAACAAAAAGGUGGGCUUCAUGCGCAAGCGUCCGCGCGACCACGACGACUCUCAGCCCGAACAGCAACACGAGGCGCCUGCACCCGGAUCGUUCGAUCCAGACGCUCCACUGCCCAAGAAGCACAAGGAAACCCAACAAGAGCGAGCGGCCAGGAGGGCGGGCCCGCAGAGGAGGGCCAAACCGGGUGCGGCACUGGCCAACGCCCCGCGUGCCAGUGUGGGCAUUGUACAAAGCACAGGCACCAAGGUCACGUUUGACUAG